UUUCUAAAAUCAGGUGAGCUGUGGGGCAACAAAUAUUAAGCAGGAGCUCCUUGAGAACAAUGCAGGAAACAUGAUAGGAAGAAACCGGUACGCGAAGCCUUAUUUCAUUCUCUCCCUUCAAGAACUCCCUUCCACCCUCCGUUUCUCGUCUCUGCUUCACACACAAGAAGAUGCAGCUUCCUCCAAUCCAUGGAUGCCCUUAACCAAGCAAGGUUUCGCGAAACUCCUUCAAAUUCAAUCUCAUUCUUCUACUCCCACAACCCCGUCUGGCCUCAAACGAAUCCAUGCACUCCUCCUCACGACCGGCCUUUCCAUAAAAAACAGCCUCAUCACCCAGCUUCUCUCCUCUCUUACGGUCUUAGGGGACAUGCAUUACGCCCGCCAACUGUUCGACGAAAUGCACAAGCCAAGGCCUUUCCUUUGGAACACCCUCAUUAAAGGGUAUGUGAAAAAUGAGCUACCCGUUGAGGCUGUCUCUGUUUACCGGAAAAUGCGCUCCGUUGGUGUCCGUCCCGACGAGUUCACAUACCCGUUUGUGAUCAAGGCGUGUGCCGAGCUGGUGGAGUUGUGGGCUGGUAUUGCGGUCCACGCUCAUGCCUUGAAAUAUGGGUUGGAGUAUGUUGCUAUGGUGAAAACUGAAUUGGUUGUGAUGUACGUGAAGAUUGGGGAAUUGGGUUCUGCUGAUUUUUUGUUCCUCGGUAUGGUUGAUAAGGAUUUAGUAGCUUGGAAUGCUUUUAUUGCUGUGUGCGUGCAGACUGGAUAUGCUGCUAAAUCUCUUGCCCUGUUUCGGCAAAUGUGUACUGAUGGAGUUAAGCUGGACUCUGUGAGUGUUGUGAGUGCCAUUUCAGCUUGUGGUCAUUUAGGUUGUUUGGAAAUUGGGGAAGAGAUUUAUAAGUCUGCUAGAAAGAAAGGGGUUGAUUGCAACAUUAUUGUAAAAAAUGCGCUGCUUGAUAUGUAUGCAAAAUGUGGGAGCAUUGACUUGGCUAGACACCUUUUUGAUGAGAUGCCUCAUAGGAAUGUUAUUUCAUGGAGCACAAUGAUUGGAGGGUAUGCCAUUAAUGGGGAGAGUGAGAAAGCACUGGCCUUAUUCUCUAGGAUGCAGAAAGAGGGUUUGCACCCAAAUUAUGUUACCUUUCUUGGUGUUUUAUCUGCAUGUAGUCAUGCCGGGCUUUUGAGUGAAGGCUGGGUUUACUUUAAGUACAUGGCUCAGUCUGAUGACAAAAAUAUCCAGCCUAGAAAAGAGCACUAUUCUUGUAUGGUCGAUCUUCUUGCACGGUCAGGACACCUCGAAGAAGCUUACAAAUUCAUCAGAAGCCUGCCUUUUGAGCCGGACCCAGGAGUGUGGGGUGCUUUAUUGGGUGCUUGUGCAAUCCACCAGAAUAUUGAAUUGGGCCAGCAUGUGGCAGAUUUGCUCUUUGGGUUAGCUCCUGACAUUGCUGCGUAUCACAUUCUAAUGUCGAACAUGUAUGCUGCUGCUGGUAGGUGGCAUAAUGUUGAAAAGGUGAGGCUGAAAAUGAGAAGGAAGAGUGUGAAUAAAGUGGCUGCCUAUAGCUCAGUUGAAUUCAAUGGUCAAAUCCAUGUUUUGUAUGGGGGAGACAGAUCCCACCCACAGUCUGCAAGUAUAUAUAAGAAGUUGGAUGAUUUAGUUCAACAGAUAAAGAGUAUAGGUUACAUUCCAAGCACCAGAUCUGUGUUCCAUGAUGUUGAAAUGGAAGAGAAGGAAGCUGCACUCGGCACUCAUAGUGAAAAGAUUGCCAUUGCAUUUGGUCUUAUCAAUUUUAGUCCUGAAAACCCCAUCAGAGUGAUGAAGAAUUUGAGAAUAUGUGAUGAUUGUCAUACUUAUUCUAAAUUUGUUUCCAAAAUCACCAUGAGAGAUAUAAUCAUGAGAGAUAAGAACCGUUUCCACCAUUUUAAAGGUGGCAUUUGUUCGUGUAAAGAUUUUUGGUGAUUUUGAGGAGCACAAAGUACUUUGAGGCAAGCUGAUAUGUAAACAUCAUUCAGAUUUAUCAUAUGAUCAGUCCAAUCAGAAGGAUUCUUCUGCUAGUCCAAGUUCGCUCAAGCUCCAAUGGAAUCUCUCUCAUUGCGAGUCCAAAUUUAUCAUUUGGGCUCUAUGCCCUGGGGAAGGAUCUUCAGUUUGGAUCCUACAAAAGCCACUCGGAUGGCAAGCUAACCAAGUGGACUGCCAUGGGUGCACUAGCUGAUAGAGCCAUAUCCUUCCAACAAUUUGAUUGCCAUAAGCAUCUCCAAGGCCUGGUUACUGCACAUAAUCUGGAAAUGUUAUGGAUAUUGAUAUCAAGGUAAAAUGAUCGGUUUCUGAUCAAGAUUUUUGAUCACCUGAUUUAUUUCUAAACUUGGCCCAGAGUUAUGUCUAAACCUUCACAUGUUUCUCUCUCCCUCAUCCGGCAAUAAACCUGAAGUUGUGUAUGAUCACUACUUGCAGAAUAAAGGACUCUAUCAAUGGGCUAUAAUCACUGUAAGCAACACUUAUAAUUGAUAUGGCCUCAUCAAACUUCAUAAUAACUUUUAAUAUUGAUAAUUUUUCAAUUAAGCAAAGAUUCUUGGAUUGAA